UUAACCACUGUGCUGCCCACUAAUUACAGCCACAAAACUAAACAGCGUUUAUCUGUUUGCAAACACCCAUCAUGCAUCAUCCUUUCCACUCCUGCCCUGUCAAGGACGACUGACACAAGCGCGGGAAGAUUGUGUCCAGAAUCCUUAUUAAACUUCCGGCGGGGAAGGUGAGAUUGGAUAUAUUGAGUGUGAUAUCCAUGUUAAGUGCGACACAUGCAGUCAGAGUGAUAGGAGAGCCGCAAAGCGAUGGAGAGACUGAUGUUUCAUGUUUGAUGGUGGUGAGUGUGUCAGAGAGUGCCAUGCUGCUGCUUUUGCUGUCUGUCUACAUCUUCACCUUCCUGAUGGGGGUUCCCGCCAACAUCCUGGCCUUCUGGACCUUCUGCCACAAGGUGCGCACCAGGGCGGCCCCCAUAGACAUCCUGCUCCUCAACCUCACUAUCUCCGACCUCAUCUUCCUGGCUUUCCUGCCUUUCAAAAUGAAGGAGGCCGUUGACAACAUGGCCUGGCUGCUGCCUUUCCCCCUGUGUCCCUUCACCGGCUUUGUCUUCUACGUCACCAUCUACAACAGCACCCUGCUCCUCACGGCCGUGGGUGUGGAGCGCUACUUGGGGGUGGCCUACCCACUCAGGUACGCCCUGUGCCGCAGGCCUCGCUACGCCGUGGUGGCCUGUGUGGUCUUUUGGGUGGUGACCUCCAUGAACCUGAGCAUCGUCUACAUCAUGCCCUAUGCCCAGUGGUGGGGGAAUGACAAGCCUCCGCCAACCUGCUACCUGAACUUCACAGGGGCUGAGCUCAAAAUCCUUCUGCCUGUACGCCUGGAGCUCUUCUUGGUCCUCUUCUGCAUCCCCUUCAUCAUCUGCUGCUUCUGCUACGUCAACUUCAUCCUCAUCCUGUCCCGUCUCCCCAACAUCAGCAGGCGAAGGAGGCUGCGCGCCAUCGGACUGGCCCUGGGCACCCUCAUAGUGUUCGCCGUCUGCUUCGGCCCUUAUAACGCCUCCCACGUGGUGGGCUUUGCGCGUCGGGAGAGCGGAGACUGGAGAAACGUGGCGUUGCUGUCGAGCACCCUCAACGCCUGCCUGGAUCCGUUUAUCUUCUACUUCUCGUCGGCUGCCGUCAGGAGCAUGUUAAACCACUGCUUUAAGAACGUCAUGGCCAAGUUGCACAUCCUGAAGUGGGGAUGAAGUCUAAAAUUGGUCGCUCUGCGUGUUCGCCUACAGUCAUUGAUAGAGUGGUAUAAUGACCCUGCACCAUGAUGCCAAGGAACCAUGUGACUCCUGCCAGCCAAUAAGCAAGACAAUGACGAUAAUCCUAAAAUACUGUGGGCAUGCAUGUUAUGAUCUGUUUUGGGCUUUAAAUUGUGAGCUAUUGAUGACGUGAUGAUGACAUGAAAGGAACAGUUCAUGAUUCAAAGGGAUGCUUUGGACCAUAUUUGCCACAUAACAUGAUCUGCUUUGGAUUCAGAGCUGUUCCUUCCCUUGCAUGUUUUGACACUCGAUGUGGAUGCUUUGGAUUGUCAGAUGUUCUUUCCUUUCCGUUUUUGGCGCAUGAUGUAAUAUAUGCUUUUGCCUGUAAGCUGU